AUGGGCUUGACCAACGACUUGAAGCUUCGUGGUAACGACUUCUCCAAUACCGCCACAGCAUUCUUUGCAGCAUACUUGAUUGCAGAGAUACCAACUAUUUUCAUACUCAACAAGGUCCCCGUGGCCAAAUGGCUUGGGGCCAAUGUCGUGCUUUGGGGUAUAGCAACAGCCUGCACGGCGGCCGCGCACGACUUCAGCAGCCUUUUGACGGCUAGAAUCUUCCUUGGCAUCUUACAAGCAGCUAUUGCGCCGUCUCUGAUGCUUCUUAGUAGUCAGUACUACACCAAAGCAGAACAAGGUCCUCGCUUCGCCUUUUGGUACUGUGGGUUGGGCGUCGGGCAGAUUGUGGGAGGUCUGGCUUCUUACGGCUUUCAGCAUGUUCACAAGCAUGACUUCCAGGGCUGGAGACUGAUGUUCGUUGUGCUCGGUUGCGUCACGGUUCUGAUCGGUGGUGCGACGGUUCUGUUCUUGCCAGACUCGCCAAUGAGUGCCAGCUUCUUGACCAUUCCCGAGAGAGCUGCUGUGCUGAAACACGUCGAGACCAAUAGGACUGGUGUAUUGAAUAGACAUAUCAAGCCACGCCAGAUCCAGGAAGGUCUGCUUGACCCUCAGCUUUGGUUGUUAGCUUUGAUGACCAUCCUAGCCACCAUUCCGUCGGGCGUCGUCUCGACAUACUCAGCUACUCUCAUCAAGGGGCUCGGCUAUCGCACUACCACCGCUGCAUUGCUAAACAUGCCCUCUGGCAUUAUCUCGAUAGCCAGCGUUCUCAUAGCUGGCUACGGCACCCGAUCUACAUCAAAUCGCGGGCUGUGGUACGCUGGUGUCUGCUUACCAGCGAUUUUGGGAGGUGCACUUAUGUCGUUCAUGUCGAAGAAAAACGAAGGUGGCUUGCUGGCAGGCAUCUACCUGGUCAACUGUAUUGUCGCCACCUUCCCAAUUGCUCUUCAGUGGACAGCGGCCAAUGUCGCUGGCUCAUCGAAGAGGACGUUCGGUGCUGCGCUCCUGGCAUUCGCCUUCGGAGUGGGAAACAUAAUCGGGCCGCAGACCUUUCAAGCUCGCGAUGCACCAGAUUACUAUCCGGCCAAAAUUACGGUCGUGGUGUCUCAGGCGGCUGCAGCAAUGCUUGCAGUGGUGUUGACGGUGUACUAUCGUUGGGUCAACACUCAGAGGGAUCGGAAGCCUGACGGUUACGUGAAUAACAUCAUCGAAAGUGAGCAGGAAAAGUGGCAGAAUCUGACAGACAAGCAGGAUCGUUACUUUCGUUACGUAUAUUAA